UCACAUAAUGAGGGUAAUUAAAAAUCUCAAGUGUAGGAUAAAUAUCUAGAAAAAAUAUAGAAAUGGUGCUGAUCAUAUUGAGUGCUGGGUUGACUUCAAUUUCAAGAUGAAAAUAUCUGUUUUCCUUGGUGCAUUUGUUAUUUUUUCGAUUUCUACUAAUGUUCAAUUCGUGGAAUCUCAUUUAAGCAAUAUUGAUUUAUGGAAGAUUAUUCACCAGUUAUUUCCACCUACAGUUAGACCUACCAUAAGACCACCUCUUGUUAUUUCUCCAGUAUACCCCAUACCUUUUCCAGUUGAACCGUCAUUAACUGAUCUUCCACCAAAUAACAAUGAUCACAGCACUGUCCAUGACGAUGUAGCCAUAGAAACAACUACACCACAACCAUCAACUACAAGUCAUGAACACUUAUCCAAAGAACAAAUUCACAAAGAGCUGAGGCGUGAAGUGCUCGAUACCAUCGCUCAAAUCACGGACAUAUUGCUUCUCCUGCCAGCUAAAACUCUGAAAUUAGUUUCUGUAAUUCUGCCGAUUCUUGGGAACAUCAUUGACAUUAUUUCAGUAUACCUCAAACUAAAGAUAUAGUUUCGAUUUCAGCUAUAUCUUAAAAUCUCGUCCAGAACAAAAUCUGUCAAUGAUAAAAAAUAAACGAAAUUAUUAGGA